AGCUCUUUUCUCUUCGAGUGUUCGGUCAGUUCAGACGCCAUUACACAGGAUGGGUAAACCACGUGGAAUUCGUACGGCCCGCAAGCAUAUUCGGCACCGCCGGGACCAGCGAUGGGCCGAUAAGGACUACAAAAAGGCUCACUUGGGCACCCGCUGGAAGUCCAACCCGUUUGCCGGCGCCUCCCACGCCAAGGGAAUCGUGCUGGAAAAGGUCGGCGUUGAAGCUAAGCAGCCGAACUCAGCCAUUCGCAAGUGCGUUCGUGUGCAGCUCAUCAAGAACGGCAAGAAAAUCACCGCCUUCGUCCCGCGGGAUGGUUGCCUGAACUACAUCGAGGAAAACGACGAAGUCCUGGUGGCCGGUUUCGGUCGUAAGGGUCACGCCGUCGGUGACAUUCCCGGAGUACGCUUCAAGGUGGUGAAGGUGGCCAACGUUUCCCUGCUGGCCCUGUACAAGGAAAAGAAGGAACGGCCACGAUCGUAAAAAGAAUCGCUGGGACGAAUGGUGGGUGCAUUUUUGGUCACUUUCUUCUGUGCGGGAAAUGCAGCGGCUGAAAACAGUUUUCAUGAAUCAAAUGAAAUCUUAUUAUCUGUAAACCGAUUGUAAAAAUAAGUGGAAAAAAAAUCGUAAAAUACAAGCUUCUGUGACAGUUCUUGUAAACCGGAAA